AUGGCCAACGCCACAGACGCUUACUGUGUGCCUGGCGCAACCAACUUCAACAAAGCCUACAGUCGAUUGCAUGGCUACAUCGCAAUAGUGAUAUGCAUUAUUGGAUCAGCCACCAAUUCCAUCAACAUCGCCGUUCUCAGCCGCCGCGAAAUGACCAGCUCUACAAACUCAAUCCUUACUGGCCUUGCAACCGCAGACCUAUUAGUGAUGCUCGAAUAUAUACCGUACGCACUACACAUGAACAUCAAAAUAGGCCCUCAAGUUAAUAAGAACACUUACGCAUGGGCUGUGUUUGUGUAUUUUCAUUCCAUAUUUAGUCAAACGUUUCAUACUAUUUCUAUUUGGUUGGCAGUGACUUUAGCAGUAUGGAGAUAUAUCGCAAUCGCAUUUCCACAAAGGAAUAGUACAUGGUGCAGUAAAAAAAACACAUCCCUUGCGAUUAUUAGUGCAUAUGUGAUAUGUCCUUUUUUGUGUCUACCGAUAUUUUUUGCAAUGCAUAUAAUACCCAGUGAAGUAACACCCAUGAACAAUUCAGAAUUUGCAGAAGAUCUAUCUCUGCCAGACAAUCGGACCGUAUACUUAGUGGAGUUGACGAAAAAUGUUCAGUUGCUAACUGCAAUUAUGUGGAUUUAUAGUGUUAUAUUAAAGCUUGUGCCGAGUAUUGCGCUCUCGGUACUAAGUACGUGUCUAAUAUCGAAAUUAACAACGACAGACAGGAAACGGCAGAAGCUUCUAAAACGUUCCACGAACGGCCCUAAUGCGCCGGAGAAGCAGUGCCUAUCGGAAGAGUCGUGCGCACGACGGUCUAGUCGUACAGACCGCACGACGCGCAUGCUGCUCGCAGUACUUGGUUUAUUUCUAUCCACCGAAGUCCCUCAGGGUCUGCUAGGGCUAGCCAGUGCCCUCGCACCCGACUUCUUCAAAAGUUGUUACAGUAUGUUUGGUGAUCUGAUGGACGUGCUGGCCUUAUUCACUUCGUCGGUAAACUUUGUGCUGUAUUGCAGCAUGAGCCGUCAGUUUCGGUGUACCUUCGCUCGUCUGGCCCGAAGGAUGCUGUCGGCAACAGAAGAACCUGCCAAAUUCGCCAAUAAAUUAGAGCCUACUACGCAGGUAUCACAAUGUCACCGGGCCGCUAUAGCGCCAAAUUCCCGCCCUUCUCAGGGUGGUAGAAGAGAGUAUUAUUUGAAUAAUACAGGUACCAUCGCUCUCUACAACUUAGCAGACUUAGUUCAAAGAGAUACGUAG